GCUCAGUAUCUGUCUACCCUUGCAUUCAUACCUUCAACUCGCCUUUCCUGUUUUCUAUCAACCAAUCCUUGUGCUCAAGUUAUGGCAUGCUUUUUUUUUUCUCGUGAGCUUCAGGAUUAAGGAACUGUUUCUUUUAGAAAGUUGCUAUUGAUUGUGAAAAGCAGGAAGCUGGGGCCACCGCAAGGCCUUAUCGCAUAUAUCUGGAUGUAAUUGUCCGUAGGCUGCCCCGCCUUGAGAAAGAGACACAACAUGAGUGCACUGGGAGAAAUGUUGGCCCUUGUGGACUUUAAUGGGCAGCUUGAGGAUGAGUUAACCAUCAAAGCUGGUGAAGUAGUAAGAAAUGUUAAGCAGACUGGUGAAGCAGGAUGGCUAGAAGGAGAAUUCAAUGGAAAGAGAGGGUUCUUUCCUCAAAUGUUUGUCAAGGAAAUUCCUUCACUUUUUCUUAACGAUAAUGGUCAGAGGUUUCCAAGAUCCAUCAGGAAAGUCAAUGUUUGUCCUCAGAAGAAGAAACAGCGUUGGUGUCGGGCAGAGUACUCAUACAGCCCCAGUAAGCCAGAUGAAUUGGAGCUCAUAUGUGGAGAAGUUCUGGAAGUUCUAGAGGAGAUUGAAGAUGGCUGGUGGCUGGGCAAGAAGGGAGAUUUGGUUGGAGCUUUUCCAUCCAACUUUGUGCAAGAAACUUUUGAGCCUCCUCCAGAUAAUGCAGUCAUUUUGAAGAAAAAUAAUAAGCAAAGACCAAAAGUGUUGGACAUAAGCUUUGCCCCUACGGAAGACAGCACGAUGAAGCAGAAUGAUAAGGUUGCAGUGAAAAAUAUAAAAGAUUCAUCCUCUGGGCCAGUUCCUAUCAGUGAAUUUGCCAGGGUUAUGUUUGACUAUGUCCCCACUCUGCCUGAUGAGCUAGCCCUGAAGAAGGGGGAUGUGGUGGCAGUUAUCAGUAAGGAGACAGAAGAUGAAGGCUGGUGGCGAGGUGAACUUAAUGGAAAAACUGGGGUGUUUCCAGAUAACUUUGUGAUACUGAUACCUCCAAGCUCACAAAUUAAAUCCAGCAAACCUCCUACACGAACUGCCACACUGAAAGGACCAGUAGUGAAAAAGGACACAACUGCCGUGGAGCUCAAGAAACCCGUGAACAGUCCACAGUCACCCAAUGCCAAUUCCAGUGCCAGUUCCCCAGGGCAGAAAGUAUCAAAAAUGAACAAUACAACCAUGGACCUCAAGCCUCCAAUAAACAGCUCCCAGUCUCCCAGUGGCAAGCUCUGUUCUGGUUCCACAGGACAAAAAGUUACCAAAAUGGACACACCUACCAUGGACCAAAAGUCCCCUGCGAACAGGCCACAGUCACCCGCUUCCAAUUCUACAGGUCAAAAAGAGCAAAAAGAAAAUAAGGCAGAGUCUGCUCCCAAGGUGGCACAUCAACCAGGAAAGAAACCUGCGCCACCUCCACCAAUACCAGCCAAGACCAAACCCAGCACUAGCCAAGCCAACAAACCCACAAUUGAAUCACAGACAAAACCAGCAGAAGAGAAAAAGGACAAGAAUAAAGAGACAAAUAGUCCAACUCUGGAUGGACUCAAAGCUUCAUCAGUAAAGUUGGCGCAUCCCACAGCAGACAGACCAAAGAUGCAGGGGAAACGUCCACCAAAGAAUAAGAUUGCCUCCUCAGGGAAUGAAUCUGUUAGCAAUAAAGAUGAAGAUCAUGUGAAUUCCCACAUAAAAAGUCCAACAACUAAGAAUACUCCAAGGUUUUCAAACCCACCUAAUCAAAUAAAUUUUUCAAAUGCAAAGCAUUCUGCUUCCAUAGCAUCCAAGAAGAGCCCUGAACCUGUACAGAAUGUUAAAAUGGAGGAACUUAUGGAAGAAAUAAAAUCACUUAAACUUAUGAUGGACAUUCUUAAAAAUAAGCACUUGACAGAUAUACAAGAAAUUAGAUCAGAAAUCAGUCAAGAGAGAGUGAAACGCUUAGCACUGGAGAUGGAAAUUGAUCAUCUCAAGAAGCUAUCUUUAUCCUAAAUACCACUGAAAACUUGGGCUGGUCCCAUGAGCACAUACAGGAAGCAGCAAACACCAGUUAAUAACCAUGGAAAGAUGGCAUCACAAGUCUUCCUGGAGGCUUCACUGGGGAUGGACACUGUUUGACAUAUUCUGAGAAAAAAUAUGCCUGCCAUUGAUUUUAUUUUAUAGGCAAAGAAUAUUUUUGUCUUGGACAGAGAUACCUAUAAUUUGUGUUGUAUAAUGCUAAUACCUUCUGUAAUACAGUCCUCAGCAGAACUGGUAUUUAUUGAUAAAUGUUCAUAUGUUCAAAUCAUGGACUUGUAAGUUUGGGAAAGUUCAGUGAAGAUAUUAGGAUACUGAACUUAUAAGCAUAAACAGCACUAACUUUACUAAUGGUGUCUGACGAAAGCCUAGAGUCUAUAGAUCCAUGUUCCAAAGGAUUUUCUCUGUAUCCCAGACUAAACUGUAUCGAGAAGAUAGACUCUCUCCCUUGGCACAAAUAGUUAAAAAAUUGUCCCACAGCAGAUAAGACACCAUUUUGGAGUAUAGUAUGCCAUAAAAAGAUGCAAAUGCAUUGAUAAAUGUGUGCCAUGGGUCUUGUAUAAAAACUAGUACAAACUAAGGCCAACAAUACAGCAUAUUCCACCAGGUAAAAUGGCAAUUGUGUCCAAAAGGCUAGCAACAGCUUCUAAUUGAUUUCAAUGGAAAAAUGUAACCUAGUGCAUGUAGGCCCAUUUUUUGUAAGCAGGUGAUUUCAAUAAUUUUUGAGGCUGGUUUACCCAUUGAAACCAGUGGGAAAGGGGUAAAACACAUUGAGUAGGAGGUACAUCGAAGAGUAUUAGAUAUUCUGAUCUGCCACUGAUUUUUCAGCUCAGUUUUUUGCCUUGUGAACAUUGCCUAAGAAGCAAUGUUUUUGGAGACUUCCAGGGAUCAAAAUCUCUGGAUAUUGGUAUUAGUAAAAUCAUAGGUCAUUGCAUGGCACCUAGCAAAGUAAAAGGUGAACAUUAAUAGAAAUUUCCUUUUAGCCUGUUUCACAAAGGGCACAAUAUGGACCGUGUUAGCACCUGUAUUACGGCCACAACACUUGGAUCCAUCAAGGUUCUACUGAAGCAAAAAUUACAUGCAAAAAAAUGUUUUAGGAGAAAUAAGAACCUAUAGCAAAGUAAACUGUGUUUUCAAGGAAACCAUAUCACUGUACCCCAUUAAAAUCUGCAGUUGUAUUGUAUGAGACAUGUUAUACUGUGUAAUGGUUUUAAUAAGAAAAAUGACCGUGUUACCCAUAGAAACCAGUUAUGUCUCUUUUUCUAAUGUAAAAUAAAAACUCUGAUGGGUUGCUAUGGGUAAGAGACAAAUUUCAUACAUAAGCCCUGAAAAGUUUAUACAGUAUAUCAUGUUUUUGGAAUGGAUUUCUACUGUAAAAUGUGCAAUAUUGUCAAUAAAUAUUGAGAUGUA